AUGUUAUCCAAUUGGAAGUGCAGACAGACCAUUACGGCAGCGCCUCUGGAUUGCUACAAGUCCAGCAGCAUAUGCGCAGACACCCUUGUGCUAGGGCGCAACAAAGGAUUUGUGGAGGUGUACAAAAUAGGCCCGGGGCUGAAGAAGAAGAUAGAGUACAAAAGCCACGCCCCGUGCUUUGACUAUCUCAGAAGCACUGAAAUAGCAGAGUCUGUGGACAGCAUAGACAUUGUGCCAUCCGGAACCAAAGAGAUUCUCGUGCUCAGCGGAAACCAGAAGAACAUCAAGCUCUGGAACGUGCACUCCUCCUUCAUCAGGGCAGACAGCAUGCCGCACAUUGUCGAGUGCUGCACAGACUCUUCUUUCUCGUGCGAUAACCCAGAGGAGAAGCCUGUGGAGAACAGCAGCCCUUCGCAGAGAAUCGAGAAGAUCUUUGCAUGCGAGUCGAAGAAAAAGACCCGAGUCAAGCUCGAAAAAGAGUACAUGCCCGAGAAUAUUUAUAACAUCCACAGCCUCUCGGUCUCGCACACAGGGGAGAGCAUCCUGAUGUCCGACGAGCUGACAAUCACUUUCCUCAACCACAGGCUAGAAAACCCGUGGGUGGCGCUGAAUCUAAAGCCGUCAAAGAAUGAAGAGCUGUCCAAAGUCAUCACAACAGCUAGGUUUGUGCAAAACUCUAGCAGCAUGUUUAUAUACGGGACAGCAGGGGGCACAAUGCACCUGCACGACCUACGAGACUGCUCGCGUGGGGGGAAUGUGCUGAGCAUCAAUGCCCCGAAGAGGAAGGAUUUCUACAAUGAGGUUGUGCAGCCCGUUGCAGACAUCCAGUUCAUCUCCGACAACAUCAUUGCAAGCAGAGACCUGCAGUAUGUUGUUACCAAUGACAUCCGCUCUUCAAACUCGUUGCUGCAGGAGUACGAUGUGUAUCCUCUCGUGCGCAAGAAUAUAACCGAGCUCUACGACUCAGACGAGAUAUUCUCCAAGUUCAAAAUGGCUGUGUCGGGAAACAAGGUGUACACGGGGUCUUUUAACACAGUGCUUGCUGAGAUAGACACUGAUACGAAUGUGGUGUCUCAGGUCUUCUUGGAGGAGGAUCUAGAGUCUGCGACCCGAAUCAUAGAGGGAAUGAAAGUUUCUUGCAUUUCCCUGAAGGACGACUGUCUCGUGGCUGCGUACAGCAAUCAGUGCUACAUAUUCAGAUCUACCACAGAGAGCGCAUAG